AUGACAGUACAUGCAAAGCAGAAGAGAAUGAGUCUUGCCGAACCGUGUUUGGCGUGUCUUCUUGCUACUGCAGACCGGGUUAUGCGAGGAAAAAGCACAGGGAACCCUGCAAAAUUGGAAUCCGUGUUGCGUCGGACGCCUUACCGAGCCUUCUACGUGCGCACGGACGUGAACAACUUUUAUCCGCUGGGGUCUCGCGUCAUAGUGAACGCCACGGUGCGUUUGGAGAUUGAUACUUGCAUAGUCGGCGAUGACAGUACAUGCAAAGCAGAAGAGAAUGAGUCUUGCAGAACCGUGUUUGGCGUGUCUUCUUGCUACUGCAGACCGGGUUAUGCGAGGAAAAAGCACAGGGAACCCUGCAAAACGGUGUCUAGUUUGCUGAUUUCCUUGAAAGUGGACCGGAUGGAGAGCCGGAAGCUGUCUUGGAAUUUUGCUUUAAAUGACCCGGAUUCUGAAGAAUACCAACGUCUGGAAUACGAAUCGGAACAUGCGUUGGAAUCCGUGUUGCGUCGGACGCCUUACCGAGCCUUCUACGUGCGCACGGACGUGAACAACUUUUAUCCGCUGGGGUCUCGCGUCAUAGUGAACGCCACGGUGCAUUUCAACGAAUGCCUGGACCCGAAAACCAACGACUGCGAUGAACACGCGGAAUGCGAAAACACCUUCGGGGCAUUUUCCUGCAAAUGCAAGCCGGGUUACGUUGACAAAGACCCCUCAAACAAGGCCAGGGCUGGUCGCAAAUGCCAAACGUGUUCCCCAGCUUUCUGCAACAACAGGGGCGACUGUGUGGUCAAGAAUGGCGCACAAGUUUGCCAAUGUCGCGGGAGCUACUUCGGAGAAAGGUGCGAGAUGGAUGGAGAAGUGGUUGGGGUAGCAGUUGGAGCUUCGGUGGCAGCUGUCAUCAUCAUUGUUCUCACUUUGGUGUUCCUCUGCUUGUGGAGUCGCAAGUGGAAACGUGAGCAGGCCAAGUCAGAUUAUGCGCAUACCUUCACAUUCGUGAAUCCGGGAUUGUCAGGCCUGGCUGUGCUCAGCCAAAGACUCGGGGUCUCGGGACACGGACCUGGUGCCACUGGGAAAGGGGGUCAUCCACCACCUUACAGAAUGAACCCCAUGGAUGCCGACAGGUUGCAUCCUGGGUACCACCCGGACCCGACCAACGCACUCAUCCCUGGCCUGGCUCAGAAUGUCUACGCUCAACCUGAGCCGUUGAUGCCGAAGCGGAGCCACACCCCGACGUCCCUGUACGCGUCCACCAACGUGGCGAUGCACGGGCAUCAAAACGCGGUGUACCACCAGCAAGCGGCGUCCAUCAGCAAUAAUAAGCCGCAUCAGGGGGCGUAA